CCUUUGCCAUCCCCCCUUCUGGAAACUUAGACCUCUGAAGACCUCCCACCCCCCUUGGAUUUUUGAGGUUCUCAACUCCCCGGUGCGGAUGAAAGAUGCGACCAGCCAAUGUCCAAGGGUCGCGUCCAAUCAUUUGUGUUUUUCGCUAUAGACAGCAAUAAAAGCAUCAACUAUCUGCCAAUAGGCCCCUGCAAUCUAGCCCCGACUCCAUCCGGUUUAUGGAUUACACACGGUAAACCGUAAAUUUUCACCCGGGAUAAAUAAGUAGGAACUAAUUCAAUUUUGUCCGUGCUCUGGAUCCAAGAUGUAAUUAAUGUUUGCUCAGCGAUCCCGCGGUAAUGAGUGUCAGGUCAACAAUAGAAUAUUUGUAAGGUCACCGUGGUGACAUUGACAGUUGGGACAAUUAUCUACCCAAACAGAUUAUUCAUACGCACUCACGCAUCCCACCUAUAUCCUGUGUUUUGGCUCGUUUUGAACAACCUGUGGCUAUUACUCAUCCAAGCAAUGCUUCACAGUGAAAAAAUCCAACUAGAGCCGGUAGCUAUAGAGAAAUGUGAUGAUGAAGAUGAAGGUCAUAGCCUCUUAGACCAGUCACGACCGAAGAGCGAGCGCUUGGAUGACUACGUGUUGGUUAAAAUGAACCAGAUCAGGAAAACUAGCGGCUUCGCGUAUGGAUUUCUCAAAUCCCACGGCGAUUUUGCACGCUCAAAAACCUCAGCACGUCAUACAACAGCUAGUAGGACAGUCAACCCUGUGGAGGAUAAGAGCAAAAUGGCUAAACAAGACACAGUGUCGGACAAAUUCGCCUCUGUGACCGUCAACCUUAUAUCUGAGGUUGCAUCGGAACGCAAAGACGUCGAAGAAGACGAACGCAAAGCGCACGGGAGACUAGACUUGGGGCUGAUAGAUGAGACGGCUGACAGUCUAUCUAGACGGGAGUCCAGUGCAAGGGAAAAUCAGAGUACCGAAAAAGGAGGCGAGGACUCGGAUGGCGAGAGCUCCGAGCAGCACGAAUUCACAUCCGUGUACUCCGAGAAUUCUAGCGAGGGAGAAACUCGGCUCGCGUUACCAAACAUUGUGUUACCGUGCUCGAAAUGCGGCGAGAGUAUAAACAUCUGCCGACUUCAAAGCCACAGGGACUUGCAUAAUGCACUUCAAGUUCUCAAGUUUGCACACGGUUACAAGCCUGCAAGCACGAAUGCACUGAUCAAGAGAAGAAAACUGAUUAUACAACGUAUGCAAGAAUCUAGUGCUCAAAGAGGAGACAAGGGUUUUAGCGAUCGACAACUUCAAAAAAUAAAUACAGCGUUUGAAAUUCUUAAAACUAGUUUAGGGGGGCGAAUGGAUUCCUUCAGACUCCUGUCGAACUCCCUAGACGUGCAUGUGAGCGAGGGACGUGGGGACAGGCUGAGCUGCACAAAAGCAGUGGGUGUCUGUGAAGAGGUAAACGCGCGGUGGAAGAACAUGGAGGAUGCACAUCACUUACAAGACGACUUCCUCCCGCAGACCCCUUCAUGCUUUAUAGGUAUCUAUGACGGCUACUGCGGCGGCACCACCGCGAGAAAGUGCGCGUCGCAGCUACACCAGCUCGUCAGUGAACAACUCGCCUCGCACACAGACCUUACUAAGACCGACUUUAAGACGGCAUUUAGGCGAUCCUACGCGCGUUUCCAAGAACUACUACGAACCAGGACAGAAGACGAGGAGCGGUCGCGCAAUAGGUGGAGCGGCUGCUCGGCGCUGACGUGUGUUGUGACUCCGAGCACGUGCUAUCUGUCGCACGUGGGGGACGUGGGCGCAAUCCUUAUACGCGAGGAUGGCGUGACUAAGAUCCUCACCAGAAAGCACGACUUGUAUAAUAAAAAGGAGCGCGAUAGGGUGCGUAAGUCCAGCGGCGUGAUCGUUAAGACUGAAAAAUGCGCGCUUGUUAAUGGGGCACUUGGAGUGACACGGGGACUUGGGAAUAUCGGGGAUGGGGAACUGAACCAGUCUGUGAUCAUCGCGCCCAAGUUUCGCUGCACUUGUCUGACAAAUAGAGACCAAGUACUUGUGUUUGCGUCCAGCGGACUAUGGAAGGUGUUUUCGGCAGAGGAGGUGGCCAACCUUGUAUUAGGAUUCUUCAGACAGAUCAAGGAAAGCGUGCGCAAAGGGAUCAUUUGGGGGUCGAGAGUACCAUGUGUGUGUGCCAAUGGGCAUAUGGAAUUCGAGGGUAAAAAGUUUGCUGCCAGAUACGCUAACUGCGGCGCUUACUACCGCAAGUUCUUGCGGCCGGAACCCAAACGAGAAAUAGGGCGACCCGCUACAAGCCACAUGUUCAAUUUCAUGAGCUACAAUGAACUUGACAACAUCACAGAGGAAACGCCUACAACACGGGCAGGGCUGAGCGUGCCGGUCUGGUUUAAGAGGGUUGGCAGGCGACUCAGCGACACGUGUAUUGUUUAUAGAGACCCAGAUGCCAUCCAAGACGAACAACUCAAUACUUCUCACGAGAGGUUUACAAAUCGCCGGCACUCGCUGCCUCAUAGGGCUGGUAUGACCAAGCUGUAUGGCCCUCUAGGGUUCAGACCAGACCUCUCCCCUCAAGAUAAGAUCGAACUUGUGGCAAAGUCACUGGCAGAGAGAAUUGUCAAGAGUGCACUGCUGGCAGGCUCAAUAGACAAUCUGACAGUUUGUUCUGUGCUACUGCCUGGAUUUUCGCUAAUCAACGUCUGCACCAUUACCCCUGAACUGAUACAAAAACUUGAUAGACCAGUAACUGGUGAUUGGUAAGACUGGCUGGACCGGCAUUUAGUGGCUGGUGACCACUAAAUGGUGGUAUUUAUUACUGAAUUAAAAACAAAACCUAUUCUAGAAAAA